CCAGAAGGAAGCCCCUUAAUCCUCCAACCCUCCUUUUCUCCUCCCUCCAAUUCUAAACGUCAGAAUUUGAACAAACCCCAGGCGGGCCCACCCACAAGCGAACUCUCGUUUUCCCUCUAACCUAACCAACUCUUUCGCUCUUGGUUCUUGCCCUCCGCUCCCGAACAUCUUUGUCGCCGUGAACCUUUUUCUUCCCAGGAUCCGACCUACGAGUUCAAAGCUCACCGGAUAAUUUUCCCUAAUCUUUAUCUGAGGGUCGCUCCUCCCUCCCCACCACGAUGGAUUAUGCACACGAAAAAUACAACUGGCUUUCGAACCAUCUUCCAUUCAAGACAGCCGGCAAGAAGAUUUUAAUCAUCGGUACCGCGUCUGUUUUCGCCUUAUGGUUUCUAUUCCUUUUCGGUCCGUCUGCAGCAAAGACCGUCUCAAGCAUUAAUCUUCCGAGCUCGGCGAAUAGUGCUUCGCCUGACCUUCUUCCAAACGUUACAUGCAACCCUGAGCCGGUAGCGGAGAUCCAGAAGCCCCAUGAAGAACCUCCUGCCCCCAAGUUCAACGAAUCCAAGGUCGCUUUGCUUAUCGAGGAUCGCCCCGUCGCUCACGUUGCUCCCCUCCUUCUUCACAUGAUCUCCGUCGUACCAGAGGAUUGGAAAUUCCAGUUUGUCGGUUCUGAGGCUUCUAUACAGUUCUUAAACAAGUCUUUAGGCGUGCAGCGACAGGAGGCCAGGGGAAAGCUCGAGAUGGUCGUUCUUCCUAAAACCUGGUCCGUCAAGGGACAAGAGCCGCUGUCUAGGACUAUGACCGACAUCGAAUUCUGGAAGGAGACCAAACGUACUCAAGUCGAAUGGGUUUUGGUUUUCCAAACGGACAGUAUCAUGUGUGCAAACAGCGGCGUUUCGCUUAACUCCUGGCUCGACUACGAUUACGUUGGAGCUCCUUGGGGACCUGGUGAUGGUCUCGGUGGUAACGGUGGACUCUCGCUCCGUCGUGUCAGCCGUAUGAUCCAAGUUCUUGAAAACGACCACCGCCCUGAAAACGACGGUGCCCUCGAGGAUCUUUGGCUGGUUCAACGUCUUCAGCUCCUUCCGGGUGCCAAGAUGGCCAACGGUACGACCGAACAGAGGUUUUCUGUAGAGCAAGUCUGGCAUGACGAGCCCAUGGGUUAUCAUCUUGGAUGGAGUGGAGCACGUCUACCUGAAGGAGUCUGGGAUGACAAGGAAAAGCGAGACAAAAUCUGGAACUGGUGCCCGGAAAUUAAGCUGAUCCUCAACAUGAGGUUAGAAAGGGAGGGAUGUCCUGAUGGACAACCGUCAAAGUUAAAAGCAAGAGCCGCCGAGGAAGACUGGACGAGACGGUUGAAGACGUUCUAAUGGGUAUUGGGGAUAAAAAUUUUCUUGCCACAUACUUUUCUAGGGAGUUUAUGAUUUUACGUUUGAAUUUUUCUUUUUUUCUCUUUGAUUCAUAAGGAAUGGGGUCCUUUUUCACUUUUUUCACCCUUCCACCUUCUGUUUUGGCUUUGAUGGAUUAGGAGAUUCGCUCAGCGAACUUUCCGAAGGCCGCUGGCGGUGACACUGCAUCACUUGUCAUUUCUUCGUGGCUUUUCUUGCUCGAACCAAAACAAUAUUUGAGCAAUGGUGUGGGCGUAGGGGUUAAUGAUAGAAACAUACCGGUAAUUGAUGCUUGUUUUAAGUG